GGAUAAUUAUUAAUUAUUAAACAAAGACAAGACUACAAGACUAUUGGUAUGCAAAUUAUUCUUGUUUAUUUUUCUAGUUCAUGUUUUAUUUAAAAUCAUUUUCAAACUCGAUGGAGUCCAGAGGUUCGAUUUGAACUCUUGUAUGUUAUAUUUAAAUAUACCAAUAGUUAAUUAAAAGAUUCUCAAUUAAAAUGAAUACAUUUUUGAAGUGUCGACUCUGUCUAGAAGAAACCAAUAAAUAUGUGAAUAUUUUUAUAGAGGAUUUUGCCUAUAUGAUCGAAUUACUUACAGGAUUAGAAGUUAGACAUAGCGAUGGCCUGCCUAAAAUAUCCUGCUUAGACUGUUAUCGAGAAGUGAAAUCGGCAAUGUUGACUAGGUAUCAGAUUAUACAUUGCUAUAAAGUUUUACUUGGCCAAAUAAAUAAAUCAGCAAUUAGUAAUGCGAAUAAAAAUAAAACCAUAAGCACAAGAAGUAGUUCUAUCCAUGAGACUCACAAAUUAUCGAAUAAAUGCACAGGAGAUGAGAAUAUUUACUCUUUUUCUGAUUGUGACAAAUCAGAAGACAAAUCUACUAAUGAAGUCAUUAAAGAAGUUGUUAUGUUACAAGAUACCCAGGAAAUAUCAAAGAUCGCAAAACACAAUGAAAAAGUAUUAAAAAGUAAAAUUCGUUUUAAGAGAAAGAAGAGAAUAUAUCCUGUUCCUUCAAAACAAGAUAAUCUUCUGAAAAUCCUUAAGCCAGAACACGUGGAUUUUUUGAAAACAAUAAAUAGGAAAGAGAGGGUCGCCUGUCCUGUAUGUUUUAAAGAAAUAUUUGGAAUGAACAUGAAAAAUCAUUUUAUAACCCAUAAUUAUGACCCAGUGAUAUGCGAUACAUGUGGAAAAAGGUCUAAAAAUGCUCAAGCAUUACAAGAUCAUAUAAAUUAUUAUCACAAAACGACGCCAGAUAGAUUUGUAUGUGAUAAAUGUGGAAGAGGUUUCCGAGUUAAAUGUGCUCUAGAUAAACAUGAAAAGAAAGAACAUGGCAGUGCCGAGAGGGCUUAUAAAUGUACCAUAUGCGGCAAGGGAUUUUUUGAAAAAACACAUUUAAAAAGUCACAUCGAUAUAACCCACAACAAAGUCAAGCCGUUUAAAUGUGAACACUGUGGUAAAGAUUUCGGAAGGAGAACCCAAUUCGUAACGCAUCAGUUGGUGCAUAGCAAAGAAAACAAGCAUCACUGUCAGGUGUGUGGGAAAGGAUUUAAAAUUAAACAAACCAUGCAAACACACCUGAAAGGAGUGCACGGUAUAGAGGAAGAAAAAACGAUAUUUUGUAAAAUUUGUCAAAAAGGAUUUUCCUCACCUCAAGGUUUAAGAGCGCAUAUAAAUUCAAGGGUGCACGGCCAGGAGAAAUGUCAAUAUUGUUCCGAAUACAUAACUGUUGAAUAUAAAAGUAUACAUUUAAGAGAUGUGCACAGUAUAGAAUAAUAAGUAGCAUUUCAUAUAAGUCCUAAAAGGGUUGUACCAUUUAUAUUUCGUAAAUAAAAGUUCUCAAACAGUAAAAACAGCUAUAGCUU